AUGAUUUCUCAUGAUAUUCAAAAAGAUAUUGUGACUGCGUGUAAGAUUGAAACAAUCAAAGCUAUAAUAAAAGAUUUAGAUGGUGACUACUUUUCUUUGUUGGUUGAUGAAUCAAGAGACAAAGUGAUUGUGGAUGUACUUUCUCACCAUUAUUUAACUUUAGCUUAUGUACGAGGGAAAUGUUAUGAUGAGGAAAGAAAUAUACAAGAAAUCACGAAUGAUCUUAAUGUGUCAUUACAGAAAAAGGAACAGGAUAUUGCUAAUGCCAUGAUUCUUGUAAAAGUAGCAAAGAGAAGAUUGCAAGCAUUACGAGAUAAUGAAUGGGAUCCUAUUUUAAAAAAGAAUCUACAAGAACUUAAUGACCAUUUUAAUGAGGUGACAAGUGAUUUGCUUAAUGGUGUAGCUUGCUUGAAUCCAAUUGAUACAUUUUCUAGUUUUGACAUCCAAAAGAUAUUGGUGAUGGCUAAAUUAUAUCCUGAUGACUUUGAUGAGUUCAACAUGAGGGUUCUUGAGAAUCAACUUGUUAAUUAUAUUAUUGAUGUUCAUGAUAUUGAUAAAAGAUUCUCCAAUUUAGGCAGACUUGGGGAACUUUCAAGAAAGUUGGUUGAGACAAAGAAGCAUUUAACUUAUCCUCUUAUAUUUCUUUUAGUGAAGUUUGCUUUGCUUCUACCCGUUGCCACUGCAUCAGUUGAAAGAGCUUUUUCGGCAAUGAAGUAUAUCAAGAAUGAUUUGCGGAAUCGAAUGGAUGAUGAAUUCUUAGAUGGUUGCAUAGUGCCUUACGUAGGAAAAAAAAAGUAUUUAAGAAUAUUUCUAAUGAGUGUAUUAUAG